GAUCAAAUUUACCCACUGUAAACGUCUCCUUGAUGAUAGGACUAUGUCAGUUUUAUGACGUAGUAUAUAAACUUAAAAUAGUUACUACAUACUGCUAGAAGGCCAUUACAGUUACCAUUUCUGGGAAUAUCUUAGCAUUAUCGGCUACAAUCUCAGUGGACGCAAAAUGCUAGCAGUUCUCAUCUUAGCCACUAUUGUGGCAUCCGUUGUUGCGGAACCACCAAAACAGAAAGUGCACUUUCAACCUGUGCCAAAGGCUGUUACUCAUGAAGAGCCACAUCUCGUCGGAAAGAAUGUUCCCCUUUUGAAACAACACCCAAGAUUCCACAAGCAAAUCGUAACUGUAGUGGACCAGGUUGCAAACAUCAUUAAAAGGCCAAAACUUCUCGUCAAAGAAAUUGCUGUCAGACAAAAGUACCCUGUCGAGAAGCCAGUGAUUCAUCACAGACGAGUCAUCAAGCCAAUCCACAAAACAAGAACCAUUGUUCACAAGAAGCAGGUUCAUGUACCACGACCAAUCAUCAGAACUAAAGUGAUUGCAGUACCCCAACCACAUAUUGUACACAAACCAUACCACAGAGUAAAGACCGUUACUCAAGUUUUCGAAAGAGUCCACAAAAUCCCAAAACCAAUCCCAAAACCAGAAUUGAGAAUCGUCAACCGUGACAGACCAUUCCCAGUAGAAAAUUUGGUUAUCAGAAAGAGACCAAGGGUUGUUGAACACCCAUACGACAAACCAAUCCCAAUUGUUGAAGAAAUCACCAACGUUAUCAGAAAACCAAUUGCACACCCCAAGGACAAAGUUCUGACCGUUGACAAACCAAUCGUUCAUCACAAACAAGUGCCAUACUAUCCAAAAGCUCAUGGUGGACACCAAGCUGGAGGAGCCGUCCAAGUAGUCGCAGCAGGAGGAGACGGAGGAUACGGUCAAGCAGGUUAUGGAAUUGUAAAUCAAGGAUAUGGACAACAAAACUUCGGAGGACAAGGUUUUAUUCAACCAAGUUACGGAUUUGCUAAUCAAGGAAUAGAAUACAAUGGAGGACAAACAUAUGAUGCUGGGUAUAAUCAAGGGAUGUACUUAAACCAAGGUUUAAACUACGGAUAUAAUCAACAACAAGGUUAUGGUCCAGAGCCACAAUAUUAAGUUUAGACGUUAACAACUUGCCAAUUUCGGUGGCAAGUUUAGCAGAAUUUACAUGGCAUCAGUUAAUUGAGAUUGUAGCCAAACAUGCAGUUUAACAGUUCGGGGCUUUGUUUACAUAUAAUGUAGAUAUUAAAUAUUGCCAUCGGUUUUCAGUAUGUAGUCAUCAUCUUCGGGCGUCUAAAAUAUAUAUUUUACAUAAAUUUGUCUUGGUUUCUAUUAGUUGUUAUGUUUUUGAUUGCAUUAAUCAAAACCUGUCAUGUCUCAUAAUUGACCAGGGCAUCAGCCAUUUCAAAAUCUUAUGUCUUUUGUAUGAUAUUUGCAAAAGCGUACACCAAAACGUUGUGAAUGGUUUAAAACAUCGUAAACAAUAAAACUUCAACCAAUUGA